AUGGCGGGGACGGCGCUGCCCCUCUGCCUGCUCCUCGCUGCUGCCCUGCAGGGCGGCCUGACCCAGCGGUCGGGGCCCGGCGCGCGCCCUGGCCCCCUGCUCCUGCGGCUGCGGCGGCUGGAGGAGCAGUUUCGGCGGCUGCAGGAGGUGACACUGAGCCAUCUCCAGAGCAUCGCCGGCAACUACAACAUCUCCUACAACAUCGACGGCCGCUUCAGGGCACUGGCGGAGCAGGCAGAGGCAGCCACCACUGCCCGGGCUGCCCUGGGCGCCGAGCUGGCCCGCCUGGCCACUGCUGGCCGGCGGCUGCGCCGCAGGCUGAAGCGGCUGGAGGGGACAGUGGGUGCCCUGAGCCCACCGCACCGCCUGCUCACCCACCCGCUGGGUGCACCGGUAGAGGCUGGCACCGAGACACACAGACCGCUGGAGGCUGCCCGGAGCUGGGGCAGCCAGCGGGAGCCACAUGGCCAGGUGGCCCCCAGCACCCCCAGCCCUCAGCUCCCGAAGGCGAGGCGGUGGCAGCAGCGCCGGCAGGAGGAAGGGCACUGGCUGCCGGCUGAUGCUGGGCACGAUGGAGCAAGCAAGGAGGAUGCAGAGCCCCCUCACGAUGCAGCACUCGGAGCCCAACCCGUGGCACUGGUGUUCCCCACCGUGACCAUGGUCCCCCAGGAGCAGCCGCCGGCCCCCCAGCAGCCAGGAGAGGGUAGGUACAGGCUCCCCACCCCGGCGCCCACCUCCCCAGCCUGCCGCACCGGUGCCGUGCUGCACUUCCCCAACACCUCUGCCGAGCAUGUGGCCAUCCUGGGGCUGGGGCCGCGCCGGGCGCUGCGGGCGCUGUCGCUCUGUGCCUGGGUGGCCACCCCAGCCCCCUGCCUCGGUGCUCUCCUCUCCUACACCACUGAGGACAGCGGCAGCGCGCUGGCCGUGCGUGGCUGUGGCAGGGACCUCCCCGGCUCCGCACAGUUUGUCAUGGAGGACGGGCAGCUUCGGGAGCUACCGGUGACGCCGCUUCUGGGUGGCAAGUGGCACCACCUCUGCCUCACCUGGUCCUCUGGCCAGGGCCAGUACCGCUUCUACGUGGACAGGCGGCUGCUGGCUGCUGGCUCCGGCUUCCAGCAGGGCUAUGAGAUUCCUGGUGGUGGCUUGCUGGUGCUGGGGCGGGAGCAGCACCACCCCGGCAGGGGCUUCAGCACCGAAGAAGCUUUUGUGGGUCACUUGGCUGGCUUUGCGCUCUGGAGCCGGGCUCUCCUGCCCGGGGAGGUGGCCAGCAUGGCGACCGGCCGGGGGCUGCCCCGCGGCCCCCUCCUCACCCUGGCUGAUGCCUCCCUGCGGGGCGGGGUGCAGAGGGUGGCGUGUCCCUACCUCCAGCACUGUCUGUGACGAGCCUGGCAGCGGGAGCCGUGCCAGCUCCCAGCACUAUCACAGCUGGCUCACGCUGCCGAUGCCAGCAUGAGCUGCGUCCUCCCAAGGCAAUGGGACACGCUGUAGAAAGGGCGUCGCAGGACUGGGACCACCAGGAGUGGGGAAAAGGAAAAGGCAGUGGUGAGACCCAGUCCUGGUGCUGGAAAGUCAUCAGCUCCUGCCCCCAGAGGUUGUACAGCCCCAUCAUUCCUAUUAAAAU